UUUGAACCAGGAAGUAUGAAACCUGGUGUCAGUGACGUUCCGGGCAUGAACCUCCCCACCACCAUAAUACUCUACGAAACUCAGAUAAAGGGACUUGGUGACACAGACUGAGAGACAGAAUCCAGACUGACCUCAAAGGAAGCACUUAGCAGAGCCUCAAUAUACUGUGCCAAGAUGUGUUGUACAGGCUUUCUCAAGACUAUGAUGUUCAUUUUCAAUGGACUCAUCUUUUUGGCAGGUGCCAUCAUCUUGGCUGUGGGCAUCUGGGUGAAGGUGGACAGUGGCUCUCUGAUGUCCUUACUGGGGAACAUAAAAGGAGCACCUCCAGGCCUAGACCAGCUCUCUAAUGUCAGUUACCUGCUCAUCGGUGUGGGAGCCGUCCUGCUGCUCAUUGGGUUCCUGGGCUGUUGUGGAGCUGUGAGGGAGAGCCGCUGCAUGCUGCUCACGUUCUUUAGUAUCGUGCUGAUCAUCUUCCUCAUUGAGGUGGCUGCAGCGAUCGUGUUGCUAGUCUUUGAAGAUCUGGCUGCAUCACUCAUUGAUGGUCUUGAGGAUGAAGUGAGGAAGGACAUUACUGAGAAUUAUGGAAAGGAUGAACACAUUACAGAUCUCUGGAAUGCCACAAUGAUGCAGUUCAAGUGCUGUGGUUUUAAGAACUACACUGAUUUUGAUGAGUCCCCGUUUGUCACAACAUUUUCCCUUUACCCAACCACCUGCUGCAACUCCACCGAAUUGUUAGGUGACACGUGCUCUAAGACAGGAGCAGGUCUAUCGAUGGUCCCUGGGUGUUUCCAGAGGCUGAUAGACUUUAUAAAAGAGAAUUCAAUAAUUGUUGCUGGCGUGGCUCUGGGAAUUGCUGCUCUAGAGAUUGCAGCUAUGGUGGUCUCAAUGGUCUUAUACAAGGACAUCGGUCGAAAGGCAUAGUCUCUCCAUCAACACAUCAGGACAAAAAAAUAGUUCUUUUUAUAUAAAACCCACUGUACAUUUUAUUUAUGUUUGUAUAUAUGGCAUGCUGAGCACAACAUGUUUGUAAUGACGUGUGUCCGUCUGUCUGUCAAAGCAAUAAUAAUUGUAAUAUUUUUGUAUCUAUAUCUGUUAUAUGUGCAUUGUACUCAUUCUAUAAAAUAGCAUGUGUUACUUUAAGGAGACUACUAAUCAAAUACCAUAAAAAAGAUUGCCCAAAAGAAUAAAGAAAUAUAAUUGUUAUCUGACACUAGAAAAUGUACUGACUUCUGUUUAGAAUCAAAGACUUUGGUCCUAUUGUUACCCUGUGUUACAUUAACUGCAACUGCAAUUUUAUUUGAUCAUUGAACAUUCUGUGUUGUUUUGUGUUUUGUACCACAUUAA